GCUGCAGGCGGAUGCCUCCUGGACUCUGGGUGAAGACAGCCUCUGCUUCCCAGCCCGCCAUGGCCUCAGCCUUGAGCCGGGUCCCUCCCGGGAGAGCCGCCCGCCCCAAGGCCAAGGCCGCCAAACUGCUGGAGGUUCUGAGCGCCCUGGAGGGGGAGUCGGGCCACGCCCCCGAGGAGAUAUUCAUUGCGCCUCCUGACAACGCGGCUGGGGACUUCACGGACGAGGACUCUGGGGAUGAAGAUGAAGACGGCCAGCGGGGCCCCCAGCUGCCUGGCAGUGUGCUGCACGCCUCCGUGGUGUCCGAGGACUCGGACAGUGGCGAGGGCAGUGGGGAGGACAUGGGCGGGCUGGCGCUGCAGCCGGCCUCGAAGAGGCGGAGGACAGGGGUGGAGGAGCAGCGCGUGUGGACCAGGAGAGACAUCCAGCCACGCUUCAGCAGCUGGACUGCGUCAGACCCUCACGUCGAGGACCUCAGGAGCCAGGAGCUGAGCCCUGUGGGCCUCUUUGAGUUGUUCUUUGAUGAAGGGACGAUUAACUUCAUUGUUAACGAAACCAAUCGGUAUGCUGGGCAGAAGGGCGUCACCCUGGGCCUCUCGGCACAGGAGCUGAAGUGCGUCCUGGGCAUCCUGAUUCUGAGUGGCUACAUCUCCUAUCCCCGGAGGAGGAUGUUCUGGGAGACCUCCCCCGACUCCCACCAUCCUCUCGUGGCCGAUGCCAUCAGAAGGGACAGAUUCGAGCUGAUCUUCUCUUACCUGCACUUUGCAGACAACAGUGAGCUGGACGAGAGUGACCGGUUCGCGAAGGUCCGGCCCCUCAUCGUCCGCAUGAACUGCAACUUCCAGAAGCACGCGCCGCUGGAGGAGUUCUACAGCUUCGGCCCGUCCACCUGCGAGUGCCUGGGCCCGCGCAGCUCCAGGCGGCUGCCCGCCGUGUGGCUGGGCUACAGGGUCUGGUGCGGGACCACCAGCAAAAACCUUGUGUGGUUCGAGCCCUCGCAGGGCACGCUGUGCACCAAGCCCGACCGAGGCCUGGGCCUGGGGGGCAGCAUGGUCCUCAGGUUCGUGGACGCGCUUCGGGGGCGGGGCUGCCUGCCCUACCACAUCUUCUUCGACAAGGUUUUCACAAGUGUCAGGCUGAUGUCCCUGCUGCGGGAGAAGGGCGUCAAGGCCACAGGUACAGUUCGCGAGCACAGGACAGAUCGGUGUCCCCUCAAAGACCCCAGGGAGCUGAGGAAAAUGAAGAGGGGCUCCUUCGACUACAAGGUGGACGAGCGCGAGGAGAUCAUCGUGUGCCGCUGGAACGACAGCAGUGUGGUCAACAUCUGCUCCAACGCGGUGGGCAUCGAGCCCGUGAGGCCAGCCCGCCGGAGCUCGGGCGCAGCUGGGGCGCGGGUGCAGGUCCAGCGGCCGUCGCUGGUGAAGCUGUACCAGGAGAAGGCGGGGGGCGUGGGCCGGCUGGAGCAGAACAUCGCCAGGUACAAGGUGAAGAUCCGCGGCCUGAAGUGGUACUCCAGCUUCAUGGGCUACGUCAUCGAUGCCGCCCUCAACAACGCGUGGCAGCUGCACAGGAUCUGCUGCCCGGACGCGCGCGUGGACCUGCUGGCCUUCCGCAGGUACGUGGCCUGCGUGUACCUGGAGAGCAACGCCGACACGUCCUCGCAGGGCCGGCGGGGCCGGCGGCUGGAGACCGAGAGCCGCUUCGACAUGACUGGGCACUGGAUCAUCCACCAGGACAAGAGGACCCGAUGCGCCCUCUGCCACUCGCAGACCAACACGCGCUGUGAGAAGUGCCAGAAGGGCGUCCACGCCAAGUGCUUCCGGAAGUACCACACGCGGUGAGGCCAGGGCAGCCCAGGCCUCGGCUACCUUUGUAUCAAAGAAAGGCCUGGCUCUGUCGAUUUGCUUUUGUCCUUUCUCCCCAGUCGCAUUCUAAUGGUCUGUUUUAUUGUCCGCUGUUGUGCCUGCCUGUAGUAUAGAUUAGUAUUUAUGUUAUGUUUGCAGAUCUGUAUUUUAUGCUGGGAUUUAGUUAAACUUAUUCAAAUAAAAUCUUGCCUUGGGAUAUAUUUGAGUUCUAGUAAGGAUAUCAAAGAAAUAUUUAGAUAAACAGUAAAAAGAUUUUACCACUGUGUGCCAUGCUUUAUAACCUGCGGUUUAGGCAGUAGUGCAUUAAAUAUUUUGGCCAUACAACAAAGGAUUUCUUAGUGAUAUUCAACUCAUAUUAGACUAUCAGACUCGCCAUGUAUUGAUAGUCCACCUUGUAUUUGUUCAAAGAGCCGAAGUUGUGGAGUUCGUAUUUUUUUUGAUAAAAACAUUUUCCUAAUUACAUAUAUCCAUAUGGAAUCUACUUUUAUAAAUAUGUGGUAGGGAUCCACUUUUUCACCACAUAAUUUGUUAAAAGAGAACUACUUCUUUACUGAUUUCAAUUCCACCUAUAAAAUUUUUUGAACUUAAAGGGGACAUACUGAAAUAAGGAAACAGUUUUAUGUUGGAAAAGUUGGUUUGUUUGGUCCCAGCAAUCUAUGAGGCAGGAAGAUCACAAGUUCAAGCUCAACCUGGGCAACUUAGUGACUUAGCAGGACCCUGUCUCAAAAUGAAAAAUGAAAAGGGGGGAUGUUGCUCGGUGUGAAGGUUUCAAAUAUGAGAAAACAGACAAACCCAGAUUGGGCGCUGUCCACCCAACAGCUGGCUCACAGCCUGGGGAAGGAUCGAGGCCGUGAAAGGCAGAGAGGAGACCUGCCUAAGGUUGGAUGGACGAGGAGAUGGCGCAGGAUGUCGUGUAGCUCCUGAUCCACCAGACUGUUUUCAAAAAAUGACAGUGAGGGCCAGGGAUUUAGCUCGGUGGUUCUGCCGCCUGCUUUGCCAGCACGAGGUCCCGAGUUUGAUCCCUGGUACCAAAAAAAAAGACAGUGAGACAACUGAUAAGAUUUGCAUAAAUUCAGUGGAUUAAUUUGCAGUAUUUUAUGAAUAUUACUUUUCUGCUUUGAUGCUUGUUAGUGACCGACUCCUUGUCUCCUUACCUAUCUUAUUUCUUCUAAUUUUACUUAAUCCCCCUCCCUGCCCCCACAUUUUGAUCUCAUUUUUCUUUUUCU